UUGGUCGUUAAGAGCUUGGCGAAGACGGCGAAUUGCACUGUGUGCGUGUGCGGUGUGCAGUCGCCGACUGUGGGUUCUCGCAGCUUGGUAGGGAUUGACAUGGAUGUUUCUUUGCCGCGUAAGAAGAUAAGCGGCACAAAACAACGACUAUUUUCUAUAAUCAUCUACUGAUGUAAAGUGCAAAUAAGUCUUGGUUAUCAUGUAAUGUAAACACGUAAUUUUGGCAAUUACAACUUAUAGUAUACAAUUCCUACUGUUUCUUGUUAAUUUAGAAUAACAAUUUUAAUAUACUGUGCAAGCAAAGUAAAAAGCAACAUUCUUUAUGAAUGGAAAGAUGUGAUUCUUCUAGUGCAAACUAUAAAUACUUGAUAUGAUAUUAUAUUACGAAUAUGAUAUGAUAUAUACUAUUUAACAUAAACAAUCUCAUAGAAGUUUAUGAUGUAUCAGUAUAUUCUAUAUCAAAGGCUAUAUGUAAAAUAGUAUAUUUUUAAUGGGGAGAUACAAAAUUCACAUAGCGAGUAUCCAUAAAUAGAAAGUAUUCGCACAAUGUCGAAUUCUAAGAAAAGUCCGGGACCGGAUUGUAAUCAGAAAAAAGCUGCAAUUCUUAAAGAGUCACAAGCAGUUAACAAAAAAGAAGAUGCGUCGGCGCGGUCUAAGUGUAAGUUAGACUCGCACGGUUGUUUAAAUCUUCAGGAUAUUCUGCUGAUGUUUGAUAGUCCUGUAAGUCAGGAACGAGCCUGGGCAUUGUGCUAUCAGAUAGCUAAAAGUUUAUCAUGCUCAACGGAAAAUAAGUUUUAUGAGAUAUCGGAACUCUCGCAAAUUAUACUUCACAAAGAUGGAGACAUCUGGCUUGAAAACUUGGCAGGCUCUAAGCAAUCUCUUGUUUCGGAAGAGAAGGCGGUAUUCUCGUUAGGCAUGGCAGUUUUUAAAGCCUUGGAUUUUGGUUCUAACGCGGGAGAGGAGAUAGCUUUAUUACCAGACCUAGAAGCUCUCAUUACAUUGAUGACAAACUGUAAUCGGGUCUGUGAAGGUGAUGCAGAAGAACGUUUACAAGAAACUGAUGAUGAAGGCAUUGAGCGAGAUUCUGGUGACACUGAUGCAGAGGAUUAUAUGAUGCCAAAAACUGCUGAAUCAUACGCAGAUAAUGCUACAUGUACCUUGAAGACUGUUCUUCAA